GCCUCCGUGAGCCGGAAGACGCGAAGCGGCAAGCGCUCUGUCUCUGCUGUCGCGUGGCGGAGCGGGGCGCGGGGCGCGGGCGCUCACCGUUCCCGGCACCGCGGGUCAUGGCUCCGUACCAGGUGCCCGGCCGGGACCGUGCAGGCCGCGAGGACGAGGACCGCUGGGAGGCGCGGGGGAACCGCAAGGCCCGGAAGCCCCUGGUGGAGAAGAAGCGGCGCGCGCGGAUCAACGAGAGCCUGCAGGAGCUGCGGCUGCUGCUGGCGGGCGCCGAGGUGCAGGCCAAGCUGGAGAACGCCGAGGUGCUGGAGUUGACGGUGCGUCGCGUGCAGGGCGCGCUGCGGGGCCGUGCACGCGAGCGUGAGCAGCUGCAGGCAGAAGCCAGCGAGCGUUUCGCCGCCGGCUACAUCCAGUGCAUGCAUGAAGUGCACACGUUCGUGUCCACGUGCCAGGCCAUCGACGCCACAGUCGCUGCCGAGCUCCUGAACCACUUGCUGGAGUCCAUGCCGCUGCGCGAGGGGAGCAGCUUCCGCGAUCUGCUGGGGGAUGCCCUGGCCGGGCCAAAUGGAGCCCCGGGCUCCCCACUGCCCAGCCCCACCUCUCCCGGGGACGACCUCUGUUCCGACCUAGAGGUGGUUCCAGAGGCUGAGCUGAGUCGGGCACCUGCUGAGGGGCGGGGCUUGGUGCCCAUAGCCUUGAGCAGCCUGACUGUAGCCCAACUAUCCCAGAGCGUCUGGAGGCCCUGGUGACCAGUGUCAGCAAGGAUCUGCGGGGUGGGCCGGGCAUUCCCAAGCCCCACUCCCUCCUCCCUAAGGUUCAGGUAUGGGGCUGUCCCAGGUCUGAUCUCUUCUGGUGGAUGGCUUGAGGGCAGCCCCUGAUGCCCAGCCCAGGGAGGUCCCUGGACCUGUUUUCUGAGGGAGACACUUUAAAGGACCUUGCAGCUGUGGGGUGGGUGGAGGGGAGGAGCUGCCAGCAGGAGGAAUUGCUUAGAGCUAGGAGGGCUGGCUGUCAUUUGCCUGCCCCAGCUUCCCCAGGCAGUCUGUGGUUUAUUGGCAGAGGUAACAGGUGUGGUGUUGGUUCUCUCCUGGGGACUGGGAACUAGUGUUCUGGACAGGGGCACUUAGGUCCUGACAGCUCUGGCCUCAGGAGACCUCAUAGGAAAGGUGGUACACCUUGCAGCAGCACUAGGAGCAGCUCUGCACAAGCUUGCUUGUAGCACACUUGAGUUUGCUUACUUGGUUGCCCGGGGAUGUUUUGACUUAAUUAAAUAAAGGACUUUGAAGCUA